AUGAGAAUGAAUCGCAUUCGUCUAGUUUCGCUGCUGUUACUUUCCUCCGUCGCUCUGGCACUAUCGGCGUCAAUGUCGAUGCCUGAUCAGAAAAAUGGGUCUACCAAAGGUGACAGAACACGGCGUAUCACAAAUCAAAAUAGAAACAAGCAGAAGAUGUACAAGGGCAACGUACGUGGAGAAACAAGGUCGAAACUGGCUGAGGGUGAACCCAAGCUUGACUACUCCCGCGAUCAUUCAGCCAAACAUUACGCGUCAGGAACAAGGAAAAGUCAGCCAAACUCCAUGGAAGACGGAUAUGCUACUUGGCCCAAACCAGCUAAGGACUCUGGUCGAUCCAACCAGUACACAAGAAGCAGCAAAUCAGAGAAAAAAGAGUCAAGCACUCAAUCCACUUUGAAAAGCUAUGUUCACAUGUCCAAAAAAUCGAGGAGAAAAAGCAUGAAAAUGUCAAUGAUUGACAGCGCCCAUGGAUAUGGACCACAAUCGUUUCAGUCGUCUAGUGGGGAUGAAUUUGCUCAUCCAUCAUACUUUUUGAGCGAAGAUGAAGCGCUGAAACCGACCAGUGCUCCAGCGAAAGUAACCACUAGACCGCCUUCUCCCCUUCCUUCUUCAGUUCCGCCAAUCCCUCUUUCUACCCCAUCUCCAACCCUGGAGCCAUCUCCGUUUCCGACAGUAAGGCCAACCGCGAAAGCUCCGUUGCCCACUGCCACGCCAAAACCCACGGCUCAGCCCACUACGACGAAACCAACGCCUAUUCCUUCUCCGUUCCGACAACCAAUCCCCCCACCCGAUUCCGACGAGAGCGCCAACCAAUCCCCCCACCCCCGGAGCCACCCUGACAAUUCCGCAACCUGA